AUGUUUUCACAAUUUAGAAUGGUUGGAAGUCCAAUGAAAGGUGAAUAUGAUUUGGAGAUAACGAAUGAUACAGGAUGGGAUGAUGGUUUUUAUGAAUUUCAAGUUACAUCAUCAAAAAAAAAUAAUAAUUUCGAAAAAACUAAACUAACUUAUUUAGAAGUUUUUAAUUUAAAAGAAAAUUAUAUGAUUUUUGAUAAACAAAGUCAUGGAAAAAACAUAAAAAUGGUGCAGGUCACAUGUAAUAGUGAUAAUGAUACUUUAAAACAAGGUGAUGAAGUAAUACUUAUAUGUAAUAUUAAUUCACAAUCAGAACAUUAUUAUAUAUAUACAAUGUAUCAUAAUAAUAAACUUCUUAAAAAACAACAGAACAAAGUUUUAUAUAUUGAACAUUUUAUACCAGAUGAUCAUAAUUCACGUUUUACAUGA